AUGAAGCCGACGAAUGAGGAUGAUUUGGGCUGGUUUAAAGCCAAACUCGUGGAUAUAGAGAAUCAGUACCGGAUAACAAGCACAAAACAGAACUCCUUAUUUACCGAUGAACACAUCGAAGGAUUAAAACAACUGAAAGCUAAUCGAAGCAUUCUAGUGCUGCGCCCCGACAAGGGUUCCGGUAUAGUAGUGAUGGAUAAGUCAGACUACAAAGAUAAGAUGUUGCGUAUCUUACGGGACGAAACCAGGUUUAGACCUGACAAUACUCCAGACGAUCCAAGUGAACUAGAGAAGAAAAUUUGUGCGGAAUUGAAAACUCUAACACAGGCGAACCUUAUACAAGAAUUUAUCCAGCCAUGGUGCAGCUUUUGGCCGGGUGCUAACCGGGCAGCUGACUGUAUUCUUUAG